AUGAUCAAAAAGGAUUUUACGGUCGCUCGUUUCAACAAUCCGAAAGUUCAAGCAUCUGUGCCUGCUCAGACGUUCUCGAUCACUGGAGCCGAAGAAAACGAACAGAUUACUGAUAUGCUUUCUGGAAUUAAUCAAUUUGUGCCAGAGUCGUUCACUCAUCGUAAGAAAUUGGCCAAUAUUUUUACAGUCAAUUCAAGCAAUGGGAAAAAAGUUUCAGUGCAGAAGCAGAAAGCUGUUCACUGUUUACCGUCUUCUCGCGCACCUGAGAACUUCGCAUGGCGAAACGAGGAAGAUUGCUAG